AUGCGAAGCGGACGAAUGACUUUUUCGUGCGUGAACAGGUACGAGCUUCCAGAGCAACACGAGCCGCUAGUCGUGCUCCUCCCGGAGGAGGGUGCCCCGUGGAAUCGUUUGACAAACGAGGGUCUCGCGGAGGAGAUCACGGGGCGCAGGGCCGAGGGGGCCACCGCGACUCUCGUGUUCGACCAGAAGAUGCUAACGACGGCGAGGGAGAGCGGGCUCUUGUUUGAGGAGGGGGAGGAGGGGGGGGAGUCGUGGUCGGAGAAAGCAGCAGUGCUUGCGUCGAGGCCGUCGUCGCAAUCGGCGCCCUCGACCCUGUUCACCCCGUCCCCUUUCCUGACAAGAGCGGCGGCGGUGAUCGAGCCCCACUUGAGGCACGGGUGGCUCCCGCUUACCUGCAUCGAUAUCGGCUGCGGAGCGGGGAGGGAUGCCGUCUGGUUGGCCAAGAGGGGCUGGCGGGUGACGGCGAUGGACUGCUGGAACCAGGCGCUGCAGAAGGCGGCUCAGCUAGCGCGAAGGAACGGCGUCUCAGAAAGUGUCGAAGUUUUGCGAGGGAAGGUGAAGCACACGGGCGAGAUACAUGUGUCGGUGCGGGCCGAGGAAGCUCACGAUACAGCGGCGGCGGCGGCGGCAGCGGCGAAGGAGGAAGCGGUUGAUGGGGGGGGCGGGGGGGGGGGCGGAGACGGAGCGGCGGGUGGUGCUGGUCCGGAGGGAGGAGAGAUGAUAAUCCGCCCUUCGACACCCGCGUCGGAGUAUGGCACGUACGCGCUCGUGGUGGCGAUACGGUUCUUGGAACGCAGCGCUUUCGACACCCUGGUCAGGCUGGUGGACCCCCGCGGCGGUUACGUUCUUCUCUCGACGUUUAUUGAGGAGGAGAGAGAGACGCCGCGAGUAUUAGGCGGUGCCGUCGGUGGUGGUGGCCCCGGGGGUGGUCUACGUAACGGGGAGCGAUCUCCCAGCUUGCCUAGCAACCGCGAGGGGAGGGGAGGGCUUGCCUUCUCGGACAGAAGGGAUGGCGGGGGGGAGGCAACAACGGGGAACCCCGCAGCAGAGGCGGAGGAGCGUCUGCUCAAGAGCGCUCUCCCGUCGGAAAGUCGCGACGCUCCCGCCGGCGGCGGCAGUUCAGUACAGCCGGGCGUGGAGGGGGUGGGGAAAGAAGAACGCACCCCUGUUGGCAAGGCGAGGAAGAAGAACAAGCCGGGGUCCGCGGCUGCGGCCCUAGAGGCCGCCGCCGCCGCCGCCACCCUGGCGCGGUGGCCGCACUCGUCUCCGAGGGACUACAAGAAGAUCCUCAGGAGGGGGGAGCUGGCGAGGUAUUUCGGGGACCGGCAUGGGUUCGAGGUGCUGGAGGAUAGCGUUGAGCGCCUACCCGACGGGAGGCCCGUGGCGUGCUUUUUGGCUCGGAGGAUGCCGCUUGUGGUGAGCUCUCCGAGCAACGCCUCCUCGAACGCCAACCCCUGGACGCCGCAGCGGCCACCGCGGCAGCAGCUCCGGCGGCGGGGGUCGUGGUUGGCCCCGAGCUCGCCGGCCACCGACGGGGACGAAAAGGACGAGGAGGAGGAGGAGGAGGAUGGCGGCGAUGAUGGUGGUGACCGGGUCGCGAGCGGGCGUUCCGCGAUGUGGGGCGGGUAUUCCGGAGUCGGUUCCGCGUCAAGACGGGACUUCACCCAGACUCGGGCCGCUUCUAUUCGACGGCGCAGCAGCAGAGCGGCGGCGUCGGGAGCCAUCCCCGACAUCGUACAUGUUUUGAAGCGGGUGGGGUGAAGGGUAAAAAAACUGUUUUUCAUCCUUGAUAUUUUGUCGGUUUUAUUUUAUUGAGUGAACCUUUUUUAGGGUAAGUUAACCGGCGACACAAGGGAAUCGACCGACCGCGGCAAGUGAGUCGCAAAGAAACCUUUACGGACACGCUGAGAUCGG